CGUUCUUCUGUAUUUUGCUUCUCGUGCCCUACAAAACUUCUGUCCUUUUUUCCGUUUGAUUGUUUUCCUGGGCCUGCUUUUCAAUAUAAUCGAAAUGCAGACCAAACACUUCAUUGAUGAUGCCACCCACUUGGUCAGCACGGCGUUGAACUCGCUGACGUUGACCAACCCCUCCCUGGCAUUCGAUGCUGAGAACAAAAUCGUAUAUCGUCGACCAGAUAAGAACCUGACUGAAAAGCCAAAGGUCUCCAUCAUCUCUGGAGGAGGUUCCGGCCAUGAGCCUGGAUUCGCCGGCUUCGUUGGCAAAGGUCUGCUCACAGCCGGCGUCGCCGGUAGCAUCUUUGCCUCGCCAUCAGCCGAGCAGGUGCGACGAGCUAUCCUUACCCGGGUCCCCACCGACAAAGGCGUCCUUGUUAUUACUAUGAACUACACUGGAGACGUGCUCAACUUUGGCAUGGCCGCAGAAAAGGCAAAAGCAUCCGGCAUCGCAACAGAGUUCUACGCCAUUGGCGACGAUGUCGGUGUAGGUCGAAAGAAAGGAGGAAAAGUGGGCAGACGAGGUAUUGGAGGUGGCAUCAUGGUUCUCAAGACUAUUGGUGCCUUGGCCGAAGCCGGUGGCAGCCUCUCCGAAGUCUACGGCCUUGCAAAGCAAGUUGCUGGCAACAUUGUCUCGGUUGGCGCAUCUUUGGAACAUGUGCAUGUGCCUGGCCGUGCGAUUCCAGACCCAAACUCAGACGAGAUCAUACCUACCGAAGAGAUCGAAGUUGGCAUGGGUAUUCACAACGAGCCUGGCAGCCAUCGUGUUGCCGCCUCACUUCCUGAACUCAUCAAAAUUAUUCUCGGGCAAAUGCUGGAUCCCAAGGACGAAGAUCGGCAUUUUGUCGACAUCAAGAGCGGAGACCAAACCGUCCUGUUUAUCAACAAUCUCGGUGGCGUGUCUAUGUUGGAACUCGCUGGCAUUCUGAAUGAAAUCCACACACAAUUGAAAGAGGACUGGGGUAUCACUCCGGUGCGUGUCAUCUCUGGCACAUUCUUGACAUCACUCAACGGAAUGGGAUUUUCCGCUUCUCUAUUAAAGCUCGAAGACACCGGACUCGGUGCUGGAAAGUCAAUGCUCGAACUUCUCGACGCACCUUCCGAGGCUGUCGGUUGGGCUGCUGCAAUCUCAACCUCCACUUGGGACGCAGACAACUCAGCGACCGCUGGGGACAAGUCGGUCGGCACCGGGGCCGUCAAAGCAAGCAAUUUGACCAUCGAUCCUCAGCAGGCGCAGACUGCCCUCAAAGCCGGGUUGGACAAGGUUAUCGCAGCAGAACCGGAAGUCACCAAGUAUGACACCAUUGUCGGGGAUGGGGACUGUGGCAUCGGUCUCAAGCGCGGCGCCGAAUAUGUUUUGAAGGAUUUGGCCAAGGGUGAUCUUCCCACCGAUGCGGUCGCAUUCGUCAACAGAAUUGUUCCUGUGGUGGAGAAUCACAUGGACGGCACUUCUGGAGCCAUCUAUGCUAUUUUCCUGAACGCACUUGCGGCAGGUUUGCGUGAACAGGACACAGGCUCGUCCUCGAAAGUUGACGCCAAAACAUGGGCCGCAGCGUUGAAAUCAAGCCUGCAGGCGCUUGGAAAGUACACACCAGCCGCAGUUGGCGACAGGACACUUUUGGACGCCUUGAUCCCAUUUGUUGAAACACUGAGUAGCACUGGUGAUGUCAACAAGGCAGCAGAGGCGGCCAGAGAAGGAGCUGAAAAGACAAAAAGCCUGAAAGCCAGUCUUGGAAGAACAGUAUAUGUUGGUGCAGAGGAAGAGUGGCUCGGCAAAGUGCCAGAUCCAGGAGCCUGGGGUUUGCAGGAACUGCUAACGGGAUUAGCUAGUGGCAUUUGAUUUCUCUAUGUAUAUGAGAGCCUGCUUAAGGAAGCUAGACGCAGCAAAAUAGUAAAGCUGAAAGUCCUGCAACCAAGGCGUCGCCAGGCAGACACCAGACCUGGUCAGCAUCAAAA